AUGGCUGGUGUGGCCCCUCCCAGCGGUGGGGGUGGCGGCGGUGCGGCUUCAGCCGUGGGCAGUGCUGCCCUGCAUGGUGCACAGCGUGGGGCAGCCAUAGCACAGAAGGGAGUUGUUAGCCUCACCAUUUAUGUCCAGAGGAAUCCACUCGCUGUCAGCGCUCUAUGCUGCUUGGUUGGUUUGGCCCUCUCCGUGAUCAGUGUGCUUAGCAUUGUGGGCGUGGCACGAAUGGGUGAUGGAGAAAAUUGGAGUCCAAGAGAUUCGCUGCAAAUGUUUUACCAAUGUAUUUUUGGCUUUGUCCUAGUGCUGAUCGAUGUGAGAGAACAGUGGGGAAAUGCCUUCUUUGGCUUGCAGACCAAGCUCUUCACAUACUGCAAUUUCCUUGCGAGUCAGACGGGUCGUGCAUGCUUCUAUUUCUAUGUGGGGUCAAUCUCCCUCUUCCUCUUGCCCAGCUCGGACCUGUGGAAGAUUGUGUACUUUGUCCUUGGAGGUUGGCUUUGUCUUUUAGGAGCCUUCAUAGCUCACUUUGACGACGACGACCUCUACUCACCGCAGUAUUUGGAUGUCAUGCUGCAAGGCCUUCAGGAUGCCCAAGGCAUCACUCUGGCAAGUUGGUUUGUCUGGGAGACGUGGCGGACCCCGGAGCCACCGGACAAACUGGGCGGAGGGAGCGAGCAAAGAUGA